GAGCCGGAGGAGGAGGGGAGAGGCCUGGAGGACACCAACAUGAACAAGUUGAAAUCAUCGCAGAAGGAUAAAGUUCGUCAGUUUAUGAUCUUCACACAAUCUAGCGAAAAAACAGCAGUAAGUUGUCUGUCUCAAAAUGACUGGAAGUUAGAUGUUGCAACAGACAAUUUUUUCCAAAAUCCUGAACUUUAUAUACGAGAGAGUGUAAAAGGAUCAUUGGAUAGGAAGAAGUUAGAACAACUAUACAAUAGAUACAAAGAUCCUCAAGAUGAAAAUAAAAUUGGAAUAGAUGGUAUACAGCAAUUCUGUGAUGACCUGGCACUCGAUCCAGCCAGCAUCAGUGUGUUGAUCAUUGCGUGGAAGUUUAGAGCAGCAACACAGUGCGAGUUCUCCAAACAGGAGUUCAUGGAUGGCAUGACAGAGUUAGGAUGUGACAGCAUAGAAAAACUAAAGGCUCAGAUACCCAAGAUGGAACAAGAAUUGAAAGAACCUGGACGAUUUAAGGAUUUUUACCAGUUUACUUUUAAUUUUGCAAAGAAUCCAGGACAAAAAGGAUUAGAUCUAGAAAUGGCCAUUGCCUACUGGAAUUUAGUGCUUAAUGGAAGAUUUAAAUUCUUAGACUUAUGGAAUAAAUUUUUGUUGGAGCAUCAUAAACGAUCAAUACCAAAAGAUACUUGGAAUCUCCUCUUAGACUUCAGUACAAUGAUUGCAGAUGAUAUGUCUAACUAUGAUGAAGAAGGAGCAUGGCCUGUUCUUAUUGAUGACUUUGUGGAAUUUGCACGCCCUCAAAUUGCUGGGACAAAAAGUACAACAGUGUAGCACUAAAGGAACUUCCUAGAAUGUACAUAGUCUGUACAAUAAAUACAACGGAAAAUUGCACAGUCAAUUUCUGCUGGCUGGACUGAACUGAAGAUCAAUCCUCAUAAUUCGGUGUGAGGGUUGAGACAAAACUUUAAGGAUACAUCUUGGACCAUAUCGUAUUUCAUUCUUCUAAUGGUGGUUUGGGCUUGUCUUCUAGUCUGGGCCGCUCUAAACAUUUAUAAUUCCAACAUUGUGGAGUUCAUCUUAUAUCUGUGGACCAUCCUAGUUUAUUCUCCCAUAAGUCUUAGAAGCUUUAUGGUGAUUAUUUUGAGUUUUCCAUUCUCGCAUAAAGCACAAUGCUGUCUUCAUCAGAAAACAGUUUGGCAUAAGAAUUAAACAUGAACAUCACAAACAAUUUAUAAAAACUUCUUAAAUAUAUGCUUUGGGCUAGUUGCAAAGACUAUGCUAAUAGCACUUCCAAUGAGCGUGAUCUAUUUAAGUGUACCAGAUCUGAAAUGGUGUUUUGGUUUGGGGGAUUUUUGUUUUGUUUUGGGCAAAUCACAUGUAUUAUUGAUGUGAAUAGAGUAUCUGAUGGGAAAAAAUGUCAAAAUAACUGAUGGGAAAAAAAUUUUAGAGGAUAACUUGGUGCCUACCUUGAAAAUUUAUUGUGCUUCAGACCCAUGAUUUUAAAAAGGUUCCACAGAGCUUCUUUUACCCAUGUUUAUAUAUAGUUGUUCUCCAGGGAGCUUUUAUUUAGAAAAUGCCCGCAUAAUGUUAGACCCUCCUUUCUACAUUAUGCAUUACAUGAUUGGAUUUCAUUAUGAUUUUGAGAUGCUUAUAUGCUGUCAAAUAAGUUAAACUAUUUAAUUUGCCUUGAAUGUUUUAGAUUGCUACACAAUACAAUAUCCUAAAUUUA